AUGGUUCUUGCUGGUUCAAAUUUGUAUGCCGCUCAUCCUUUAGAUCCCACAAAGCAAAAUAUUCGAACACUACUGCUGUGCCCGGGAACUGAUGGCCAGCAGAUAUUCUUGGAAAUUCAAGUCACUGAUCUUGAUGUCCCAUCUCCGGAUUACAUAGCGCUAUCCUAUGUUUGGGGAGUCAGUAUUGCAUUGGAAAAGGUCAGUCUUGCUGGUCAAGAAAUCCCGGUCACUGAAAAUUUGUUGAGCUGUCUUCGUCACUUGCGACACCGGGAUGAUGCUCUGAAGAUCUGGGUUGAUGCCAUCUGCAUUAACCAGAAUGACCUCGAGGAGAAGUCGAAUCAGGUUGCCAUGAUGGGCUACAUAUAUUCGAGAUGUUUAGCCGUGUACUGUUGGCUUGGAGCACCUACCGAUCCCAUGGCCGCUGAAGUUGAUCCUUUCCAGAUCCUUCGACACUUCGCGGAGGACAAACACUAUCAUCAGCUUCCUGGCUUCUCCGUUGAUGAAGAGACUUUUGUUCGCUUCGAAGAAAACCACGAGUUCACUUCAAAUUGGAGAGGUUUUCUUGCGGUCGCCGAGAGUCCUUAUUGGACUCGGAGUUGGACUGUCCAGGAGCUCAUACUGCCAAACGCAUCUGUCGUCUGUUAUGGCUACUGGAGAAUAUCGUUCGAAACCUUGAUUCUUGCUCGAAGGCUACGAAACGCACACCUUUGGCAUCGUGAAGACCAUUGUUGCGACAAGAGCUACCAAGCAUUUCCAGCAUCCUUCAAGAAGCCUUUUGAUAUAUUUCUAGGUCAAGUCGAAUGGAUAGAGAGGUUUCGACAGAUUCACUUACCUGAGGAUCACCCAUUAUCUUCGAAAGGUCAACCACGAACCUACCCCGAUAUUGAUUAUCGACCUUUCAGCGAACUUCAGGUGACCUUCUCUCACAGGCUUUGCAGUGAACCUCGAGACAAGGUUUUCUCGCUUCUUGCGAUGGCUGAAACGGCCAAUCUAAGGAAUUAUCGACCUGAUUAUACCAAAGAUCUGAAUACUACCUAUCAAGAAGCCUUUCAGCUGAUGCUUGAAGAACUUGAAAAUGACUUCCGGUGUAUGAUAGGUCCGACGUUUGCUUCACAAAAUCCUCGUCUUCCAUCUUGGGUCCCGGACCUCUCUCACCAUACUCCCAUUGGAGAUGUCGAAUUCAUCCUUCGGCGAAUUUUACUGUCUUCCUUGUACAAAGCAUCAGACAAACAAAUCGGAACCUUUGGACAGGGUCAUGCAUCAGAGCUUCACGUGGCGGGAUUCCAAGCAGACACGGUUGCUACUAUCGGCCCCCUUUUGGAAUUGGAUUCAACAUCUCUACCACGCGUAUUGGCAGACUGGAGAGCCUUAUGCGAGAAUGUUAUGGGUUCAUCUGCGGACAACGACGCUAUUCGUACUCUUAUGUCUCGAGUUAUGUGUGCCUCAACCGUGGACGAUGGUACGCCAUUGUAUGGACACUACCGUGGUUGGCGGCGAUAUCGGGCGACCGACACCCCAUCCCCUUAG